AUGAAGCUCUCACACUCCUUCGUCACCCUGGCCGGCCUGGUGUCGGCCCAAUUGGCCACGGCUCUUCCCCAGGCCUCCUCGUCCAGCGUCGCACCGUCCCCAUCCGCUACUCCCGGCGCCUUUGCAUCCACUUCCGGCCUGCAGUUCACCAUUGACGGCGAGACGGGCUACUUCGCAGGAUCUAACUCGUACUGGAUCGGAUUCCUGACCAACGACGAUGACGUGGACCUAGUGUUUUCGCACAUGAAAGAAUCCGGCCUCAAGGUCCUACGGGUGUGGGGGUUCAACGACGUGAACGAGGAGCCACAGGCCGGCACCGUGUGGUACCAGAAGCACGCCGACGGCAAAUCAACGAUCAACACGGGCGCGGACGGCCUGGAGCGCCUGGACGUGGUGGUCGCGUCCGCGGAGAAGCACGGCAUCAAGCUGAUCAUCAACUUUGUGAAUUUCUGGGACGAUUACGGCGGCAUCAGCGCGUAUCUGAAGGCGUACGGCGGAGGGUCGGACAAGGCCAACUUCUACGCCAGCGAGGAGAUGCAGAAGGCGUACCGCGCGUACAUCGAGGCCGUGGUGUCACGGUACUCUGAUUCCGCGGCUGUCUUCGCCUGGGAGUUGGCCAAUGAGCCUCGCUGCCAGGGUUGCAAUACCACCGUGCUGUAUGACUGGAUCGAGAGCACGAGCAAGUAUAUCAAGUCUUUGGAUUCGCAGCAUAUGGUCUGCAUUGGUGAUGAGGGAUUUGGGCUCGACGUCCAGUCGGACGGUAGCUACCCCUACCAGUACUCGGAGGGAUCCGACUUUGCGAAGAAUCUGGCCAUCCCGACCAUCGACUUUGGCACCUUCCACCUGUACCCGGAUAGCUGGGGUGUGUCCAACCCAUGGGGCAACGGCUGGGUUAGCUCGCACGGAGCGGCGUGCAAGGCGGCCGGAAAGCCGUGUCUGUUUGAGGAGUAUGGUGUCACGUCGAACCACUGCAGUCUGGAGAAGCCGUGGCAGCAGACGGCGUUGAACACGACGGCCGUGUCGGGCGAUCUGUACUGGCAGUAUGGCGACACGCUUAGCUCGGGUCAGUCGCCGGACGACGGCAACACGAUCUACUAUGGAUCGGACGAGUUUAAGUGCUUGGUCACGGAUCACGUGGCAGCGAUUGGGCGGCUUUAA